GUUUUCUACAAAUAUAUCUGAAGUCCAGCAACUGAGGGCCAUCUUGAAACUACAGGGAACACCUGCUGAUGAAGGCAUGAUCACAGACCAGGAAGAACUGUGUCAUUUAAAAGAAGAGACCAAAACAGACAUGCAGACAUUGUUGGUGAGUAAAGAAGAAAUUCUGCCUGAACACCAGGAAUGGGAUCUGAGUGUUGACCAAGAGGACAUUAAAGAAGAAGAGAAGCUGUGGAUAAGGCAGCAGGGAGAGCGGCUGGAGGAGGCAGAUGUCACCAAGUUUGGUUUCACCACCGUCCUUGUGAAGAAUGAAAAUGAUGAAAAGCCAGAGUCAUCACAGCUUCAUCACAGCCAAACUGAUGAGAGCACAGAGGCUGAGCCUGUAGCCAGCAGCUCAUCUGUACACACAGUACUGACAGCAGAAGCUGAAGGAGAGGAUGAUGGAGGACCACAACCAGUCCGCAACUCAGGUCCAACCAGUCUUUUACAAAAACAUACCAGUGGCAGGAGUUCAGACAGUUCUGGAACUGAGACAGAUGACCUUUAUGACUGGAAACAAAGCAGAAAACUUCAGUCAAGUUUUAACUGUCGAAACAAUACCAGUGUUGUUAGUUCAAGCAUUUGCAAUAUUGCUGAGAAACAAUUUAAUUGCUCCAAAUAUGGAAAAGCGUCUGAUCACAUUAACAACUCAGUGCAUCAUAAAGUGAGGCAAGCAAGCGGAAAACCAUUUGGCUGUUCUGACCAGGGUAAAAGACAGAAACAAAUGGGCUCUCUGAAGAAACACAUGAUAAUUCAGACAGGACUUAAGCCAUUUGGCUGUUCUGAGUGUGGUCGAAGAUUUGGACGAAAGAGCCACUUGAUCAGACACAUGAUUAUUCAUACAGAACGAAACACAAUUGGCUGUUCUGAGUGUGGUCAAAGAUUUAGAAGAAAGAGCCACCUGACCAAACACAUGAUAAUUCAUACUGGACAAAAACUAUUUGGCUGUUCUGAAUGCGGUCGAAGAUUUGGACAAAAGAAUCACCUGAACGAACACAUGAGAAUUCAUACAGGACAAAAACAAUUUGGCUGUUCUGAAUGUGAUCAGAGAUUUAGACAAAAGGGUGACCUGAACAGACACAUGAUAAUUCAUACAGGACAAAAACAAUUUGGCUGUUCUGAAUGUGGUCAAAGAUUUGGACUAAAGAGCAAUCUGAACAGACACAUGAUAAUACACACGGGACAAAAACCAUUUGGCUGUUCUGAAUGUGGCCAAAGAUUUGGACGAAAUAGCCACCUGAACAGACACAUGAUACUUCAUACAACCCCUAUCCUUGCUGCAGGGAGUAAUUUCUCCUGUGCCAGCAUUCAGCUGGAUAACCCACCAGAUCACCAAACUAUAGAUCCUGGACCCCAGCAAUAACAGCCUUAAAUGGCCAAAAGAAACAAGCCAACUACAGCACUGUAAAUUGGUCCAUUGAGGAGGAAAAAAAAAAAAAAACAUCUUACACUGCUUCACUUAUUCAAGAUAUGAGAAG